AUGUCCGGACUCAGCUCAUCUAACCCUAUGCCUUCGGAGCUCAGCAUCGGUGGCGAUGCGGAAAUGGGAAUGAGUGGCCAAGGCUCUCAUCGACGCGCUGACGGCAUGACACCCACCGGCGAAGCUGAGGAAGAAGGCGAUCGACAAGGCGCACCAUCUAGAGGCAGACCCAGAGCUGCGAGGAACUUAGAAGAGAUCCCUAGGGUGAACGAUGACACCGGAGAGCGAGUGAGAGAAAAAUUUGAAGAAUUCCUUGAGAACUUCGUUGAUCAAACCGAUCAAAAUGAUCUUUCGUCUCCUUCUCCCUCGGGUCCUCGGCGAUUAUAUGUCGAGCUAAUUAAAGCCUUGAAAGAAUUCGAACUCACAACGCUUUAUCUUGAUUUCGCACAUCUGCUUUCAACUGAGACGGUCCUCGCCAAAGCCAUUUCAGAGCAGUAUUACCGAUUUUUGCCUUACCUCAAACAAGCCUUGCAAUCUCUUGUCAAGAAAUAUAUUCCUUCCUACCAGCACAUUAACACCCACACCAACUCGACGGUUUCUUCUGGCUUGAUCAGUCGCCAGUUCAAUCUUGCGAUCUACAACCUACCACACGUUAUGGGCAUCAGAGAUCUCAGGACAGAAAAAAUCGGCAAACUCAUCUCGGUCGGUGGCACUGUCACCAGGACUAGUGAGGUAAGGCCAGAGCUGAUCUUUGCCACCUUCAUUUGCGAGGAAUGUAAAAAUAUUGUAAGAGAUGUCGAGCAACAGUUCAAAUACACUGAGCCCAAUACGUGCCCUCAUCCUACGUGUAACAACCGAACCGAAUGGAAAUUAUCGAUUGAACAAUCCACAUUUACCGAUUGGCAACGUGUCAGAAUUCAAGAAAACUCAAAUGAAAUCCCGACUGGCUCGAUGCCCCGAUCACUAGAUGUGAUUCUUCGAGCCGAAGUUGUCGAGAAAGCGAAGGCAGGAGACAAAUGUAUUUUCACCGGAACUUUCAUUGUCGUCCCUGAUGUGGCUCAGCUCGGAUUACCUGGUGUGAAUGCAGAGAUGAUCAAAACAGCUGGCGGUGGACGGCCCGGCGGGAUGAGAGGUGUUGGCGCUGAAAGUAUGGGUGUCAGCGGAUUGAAAAUGCUGGGAGCUAGGGACUUGACCUAUAAGACUGCGUUCUUGGCCUGUAUGGUCCAAGCUGCCGACUCUCGAUCCAAUGCCACGAAUGUUAGGUGGGAUCCCGACGUCGGUAACGAUCAAUUAGGAACUCGAAAAGACUUUUUAGACUCACUAAAUGACCAAGAAGUCCAAGAACUUCGUGAAAUGGUUCACUCUGACCGGAUUUACAACCGACUGGUUCAAUCGAUUGCGCCUACAGUUUACGGACACGAAAUCGUCAAGAAGGGUCUACUGUUGCAGUUGAUGGGCGGAGUUCAUAAAACGACCCAUGAGGGUAUCAACCUACGAGGAGAUAUCAACCUAUGCAUUGUCGGCGAUCCAUCAACAUCCAAAUCACAAUUCUUGAAGUACAUCUGUGGUUUUCUGCCGCGGUCUGUCUAUACCAGUGGAAAGGCGUCUUCAGCAGCUGGUCUGACAGCUGCGGUGGUUAAAGAUGAAGAGACCGGGGAGUUCACAAUCGAAGCGGGUGCUCUGAUGUUAGCAGAUAACGGGAUCUGUGCGAUUGACGAAUUCGAUAAGAUGGAUCUUUCUGAUCAAGUAGCCAUCCACGAAGCGAUGGAGCAGCAAACGAUCUCGAUCGCCAAAGCGGGAAUACAGGCUACCCUCAACGCCCGUACAUCCAUCCUGGCGGCUGCCAAUCCAGUCGGUGGUCGCUACAACAAAAAAAUGUCGUUAAGGGCCAACGUCGCCAUGAGCGGACCCAUCAUGAGUCGAUUCGACUUGUUUUUCGUGGUCUUAGACGAGUGUAACGAGGAUGUUGACUUUGCCAUCGCCAGUCAUAUCGUCAAUGUCCACCGACUUCGAGAGGUUGCAAUCAAACCAGAGUUUUCAACUGAUGCUUUGCAGAGGUAUAUCAGAUACGGCCGGACGUUCAACCCCAAGAUGACACCUGAAGCAGCAACCGUUUUGGUACAAAAGUAUCGAGACUUGAGACAAGAUGAUUCGCAAGGAUGGGGAAGAAAUUCUUAUCGGAUCACAGUUCGACAGUUGGAGAGUAUGAUUCGUCUUAGUGAAGCGAUUGCUCGAGCUCAUUGUAUGGAAGAAAUUAUACCUGCAUAUGUGCGCGAAGCUUUUAACUUGCUGAAGCAGUCGAUUAUUCAUGUGGAAAAGGACGACAUUGGAUUCGAUGAUGAAGAAGAAGAAGAAGUCGAAGCUGAAACGCUGCCAACCAACCCAACAGAAGCUUCGAUGGAUGUUGACACCACCGAGGCCCCGACUACAGACACCGCCGGCCCUUCCUCCACUCCUGGCCCGCCGAAACCGGUCCAACCCAAGAAAGCCCAGAUUAAGAUCACAUACGAGAAGUAUAUGGGCAUUAUGACCCUGGUGCUUGGUAAACUGCAAACCGUGGAGCGGGAGACCGGAAGUGGAAUCAAAAAAUCUGAAUUGGUUCAGUGGUAUUUGGAAGAGAUGGAGCCUGAUUUGAAUUCGGUAGAGGAGCUUGAGACAGAGAAAGCUCUGAUUGGCAAAGUCCUGAUCAGACUCGUCAAGGAAAAAUGUAUCAUGGAAUUGCGUGGUGAAGGAUUACAACAAGAGAGUGAAGGAGCAGAAUCUUCCACCACCGUCCGAGAUCCUGUACUGCUCGUCCAUCCUGAAUGCAACAUUGGCGAUUCAUAA